UGAAAAAAAUUCUGAGAAUUUUUAUUUUUAAUUAUUGAAAAUUUAUAAAAGGGAAGGUCGUAAUUAAUAGAAGAAAGAGAAUCUUCUAAAAUUUGAUAUUUUGUUUUUUUAUUGGGAUUUGAAUUUGCUUCUUUUAUCAUCAAGAAUCUGUUGGAAAUUUCAAAUUUCUAACCUUUUAAUCUAAAUUUUAUUUUCCUGAAGUUUUGAGAAAAAGAGUAAAAAAAAAGAAAAAUCGGAGAGAUCUCUAAUCUAACUGGAGUAUUUAUUUUCUCCGACCAGAGUUAUGUUGCAGAGGUUCAUGUCGAAGAAGCAGAGAUUGUCUCAAGAAGAUGGAGAGGUAGAGAUUGAGUUAGACUUAGGUUUGUCUCUCAAUGGAAGAUUUGGUGUUGACCCACUUGCGAAAACGAGGCUCAUGAGGUCUUCAUCAGUUUUUGAUUUGGUGGUCAACGAGAGAUCAAGUUUGAGUAGGACUUGUUCGUUGCCUGUGGAAACAGAGGAAGAGUGGAGGAAGAGAAAGGAGCUGCAGAGUUUGAGGAGGAGGCUUGAGGCUAAGAGGAAGAGAUCAGAGAAGCAGAGGAAACAUAGAGCUGAUAAUGGUGGAGAUGAGAAGGUUCUUGAAGAAGGAUCUAUUGGUUCUUCUGGUAGUGGUUCCUCUGGUUUGUCUGAAGUUGAUGCUAUCCCUCCACCUGUUCAAGCAACAACAAACAUGUCCAUGGAAACAAGCCCUUCAACUUCCCAAUCCCAGCCCGAGAAUCAGGGUAGAGAAGCGAGCCGAAACAUCAUGGAAGACAUGCCAUGUGUGUCAACAAUAGGCGAUGGACCGAAUGGGAAAAAGAUUGAUGGGUUUCUGUAUAGGUACAGGAAAGGUGAGGAAGUGAGGAUUGUGUGUGUGUGCCAUGGAAGCUUCCUCUCACCCGCAGAGUUCGUUAAACAUGCUGGUGGUAGUGAUGUUGCACAUCCCUUAAAGCACAUCGUUGUAAAUCUGUCUCCCUUCUCGUGACCCUUUGCCCUUUGAGUUUCUCUUUUGAGGGGUUUGUUGUAUCGGUAAACAAUGUUACAAAUUCUCUUACCUCGGAGGUGUAUAAACUGAUAUUUAUCGAACUAAGAGAUUUUCGGAUUUUAUACAGAAAUAGUAUGGUUUCAUUCGUUCU